AUGCUUAAGUGGACGGUGUAUGGCAAAAAGAACCAACACGUUCCCAUAAUUGGUGACGAUAAUAUAAACAAUGUAGAUCCAUAUAGUGAUCGACCGUAUAAUGAUAUAGCAAGAAGAUCUCUAGAUGCGCAAACCGUAAAAAAAAGCAAGAAACCUAGCAGAUAUCAACGCAGAUCACUAGGAGCGGCUGCACGUAAAAAUACUUGUCAAAAUGCUGAUAAGGAAAAUUUUAAUUUUAUAGGUAAUACACCUAAUCAUUUUAGGGAAGGGUUUAUCAAAAAAACAGACAGUAAUGCUUUAAAGGACGUAAGUAAUAUUACACCGACAUCUUUAACUCCUAACUAUGAUAAAAUAAAUUUUUAUAGAAACUCAAAAGACAAUAUUCUCAAAGAUUUAUCAACUACUCCUCCUACGUACAGUAGAAGAGUGAGAGAGGCAAAAAAGAGAAAACUGGAGAUGACAAAUUUUAACAGUAAUGAAAUUUUCACGAGAAAUAGCUGUAUUUAUAAAUCAGAGAGGCGAAUAAAACAAGAUCGAAGUUUAAUUAAUUCUUCAAGACUAAGUCAUAGUGUGUCAGAACCAUCUCUAAAUGAUUUAUCCGAGAGAUUAAGUAAAUCUGCAGAGAAUACAAAAAAAUCUUUUAGAAUUGCGAAACAACAUAUACAAAAUAAGAAACCAAUUAGUACAACUACUGCAACAAGUGAAGAUCUAGUAGAAAUUGAGUACGAUAGAGAUUUAGUUAUUAAUUGUGUCGAAAAACCAUUAACUGUAGAUAAAAGCAAAUUAGAAAAAUCCACUCUACCUAUAUUUGGGCACCGUGUAUUUACAGAUAAUCCUCUAUAUUUUAGUAAAUGCGAAGAUGGGCCGCCUAAUAUAAGACCCUUAAAACGUACAAGAAAAAAAUCUAGUGAUUUUGAAAGUUGUUUCAAAUCACCUUCUGUUGAUAGAAGAGAUUUGCAUACGUUAGUUAGAGAUGGCUGCUCUCCGUUAUCGAUAACACCAUUAUCAGUUAAAUUAGCUGCUCUGAGAUUUAGUACUAUGAGUACUCAUACAAAAUCGCAAAGAGUGCAACCGUGUGAUGACGAUGUUAUAGAAUAUUUUCCAAAAAUAGAAAAUCCCACCACGUUAACUAUUCCACUCAGAGACGAAGAAUGCUCGGCUGAAAUGGAAAACAAAUGUAUUCUUGGUAAAGAAUCUCUUAAUAGUGUUUCGGAAUCCACGGUAUCUACAACUGAAAUGGGCGAUAUAACAUUAGAAAAAAUGAUUGAAGAUAUAAUUAAAAGCACAAAAAUUGUUAAAUCAAAAAGAAGAAUAUUCAAUAAAAAUACAGAACCUGAUAACGAUAUAGAAGAGGAAAUUCCCACAGUGGAAUCAGUUAAGGAUCUGUUUGUCAAACCACAAACAAAAACAAAUAUCAUAAAAGAAGCUCGAUACGUCAAUUUGUCCAGAGAGAAUUCAAUUUCACCAAAAGCCACACCAACGAAAAAAAGGUUGCCAGUCCAUAGGGCUAAUGACAAAUUAUUGAAAAACGUUCCAAUCGGUGGUUUCAUUUUGGACGACGGUGACGGCUACAAUGAAAGAGAAGUAAGAACACCAGAUAACUAUGUAAAUAAAAAAUAUGAAGAUACUAGCCUGGACGAUAAUUCGCCGCUGGUAAGGUCACAGUCAGUGAAAUCUUCAAAUAAAGACAAAAAUAUUUUAAAGCACACCACAUCUGAAUCGACACCUGACUUGCACGCCGCAACAAAUAUGUGCAGAAAUAAUAGACUGAGAAGACAAAGGUGCAUUCGUAGAAAAAAAUCGACCGUUAGCAACGAAAGUCUAUUCAAACCUAAGCAAGUGGAAUCAAAAUCAUCUUUAGUUCUUACUUUAGAAAUGGGUUUACCAAGCCCUACAUGUGAACUACAAAAUACGUCAUUAUGUGAGCCUCUUUCUACGUCGUAUCAUGAGGUUUUACCUGAAUGCGAAUUAAUUAACCAUUCACUAAGAUCAAAUGUAUCUCAUAGCAGUCUAAAAACGCAUGGAGCAAUCCAAAAUGUACGAUCUAGAGAACUGUUUGGACUAACAUUAGAAACUGGAAUUCCUAGUCCGAUCACUCCAUUACCGAAUCUUAAAAGAACAAGUAAUGUGUUAAGUGAAGAGAGAGCUCAUAAAACAAGCAAGUUAGAAGAGGAUUUACUACCAAAUGAUAUCAUGACACCUGUUCUAGAACAUAAAACAUCUAGACGUUGUCUCACAUAUUCUCCGGAAGAAUGCAGUAUAACUAGCAGCGAAGAAAAGCGGAGAAGUGUUGCCAGCAAUCGCUUAGAACGAAGUGCUGAUCGGUUUCAAGCUUUAAAAGCUACAAUCGAUCUACAAAUAAUAACAAGAAAUGACGUUAUUGACGUGCACGUAAUUCGAUGUCGAGACCUUCAACGUUCAUCUGGAAAAGUAGAUGACAUCAAUGCUUAUGCGAAGGUUGUAAUAAGUGGUGUGACAGAAGACCACAGCUUGCCAUCUCAACGGUCAAUAUUCCAAAGAACUUCAGUGCUCUACGGGAAGAGGGAGCCUGAGUUUCAACGGCAUCUGAAACUACCAUUGCCUACAGCUGUCUAUGAACACCAGAUGCUUCACGUCUCCGUAUGGCAUAGGGAUAAGAAGUACAGGAGAACUUGGCGGAGCGAGUUUCUAGGAUGUGUCUCGUUCCCAUUGAAAGAUGCAGUUAAAAACGACAUCUCCGGCACGUACUUUCUGCAGGGGCGCCAGGGCGCGGCACAGGACCGCGUGACCGAACGACGCAAGAUGGCCACCGAUAACACAGAGACCAGCACUAAUGAUGGCACGAAGGAAAACGUUGAUAAAGGCGUAGCUUCCAACGGCCCAUCAACAAACCAAGCGCAAGUCGCGGCCGCGUUACAACGAGAGGCUGACGAGCAUCUGUUUCUUAGAUACUUGGAACUUGAUCCACCAGAAGAUCCAAAUGCUCCACGACGAGCGCAACGGCAAGGACGGACACCUUUCACAAGUACUAGAAAAUUAAUACGAGCUUCAAGCGGAGGCUACGGUUUCACAGUGGUAUGGACACGUCCACCGCGGGUGGAGAGGGUUGCGGCGGGAGGGGCGGCGGAGAGGGCGGGACUGCGUGCGGGGGACUAUAUAGUGUUUGUUGGCAAUAAGAAUGUUGUUACCGCUAAUGAGGAGGAAGUUCGGAGUCUUGUUAAAUCAGCAGGGACGACACUUAACAUGGAAACCUUCAGACGUGUCCCCCAAAACGGAGUAGGGGUCCGUCGUCUCCAAACGGCUCCUGUACCAGAAUCCACUCCCCCCGCUCCCAGGUCUCCCAGAGCUGGUACCCUUGCCUCUCCCGCAGUUCCAAGACCUCCUACUGCUUGCUCCUCAACCAGCCAAUCUUUGGACCGCCGCAAACUACACUUACCUCAGGUCACGUUUUCUAAAGAGACGACAAGCCUAUCAACAGAUGGGCGGAAACGCGCCCUCCUAGCCGUAGUAUCUCGUGAACAACAUUACGCUACAUGUCUACAAUUCGGCCUAGUACGAUUUGUAUCACCACUCGCAGAGAGAGCAGAUCUGAUAGCGCCAAGCGAUCAUCAAUUGUUGUUCCAGAAUAUUGAGGAGAUCUUUAGACUGUCGGAAGAUAUCUUGGACCAAGUAGUUCAAGACGAUACUGAAAUACAGACUUCAACUGUGGUUGCAGUUUACUUACAAAAGACUCCAGCUUUCCUUAGUCUCUAUAAAAAAUAUUGUUUAGGAUUGAAAAGGGCAGAUUGUGUACUGGUAAAAAAAUCAAAAGACCCAAGUGGAGCAUUUUCAAGAUUUUGCACAAGUCCCCCCAUACCCAGAAGAAGGCCAGACAUCACGUCCCUAGUCCACAAACCGUUGGAACAGUUCAGAGAGCUUCUUAGGUUAAUGAGAGCGGCCGCUGCAUGUAACGGCGCUGGACCGUACGAUCAACUGGAGAAAAAGCAGUUGCAAGUCAUUGCGGAACAGCUACAAAGUGGUUACCAAGAUGUGACAGCUGGUUCAGGCUUAAUGGGUCUCGCUGGUGACGGAAAACCAUUACUUUCCGUGGCCGAUCUUGAGAGUCGCCUUGUGUUCACUAGAUGUAAGCCAUUUGUCUUAAGCACAGCGGGAAGGCAAUGGAUAUUUGGCGGGGAGCUAUCUCGUGUAGAGGGCAGGACGAUCCGGCCAUAUUGGGCGCUAUUGUUCAGUGACCUGCUCCUCUUCGCCACCGUGUCGCGGGAUCGAGUGUUAUUCGUGACGGAGGAACCAGUAGCGUUGGGGACGGUAUCAGAAGCUCAGUUUAAUAUUAGGAAAAAAGUGACUGAAUUCCGCCUAAUAUUGGGUAGAGCGGGUGGUGAGAGCCCACUAGUGUCGUGUUCCCCGCGCACUCCCGCGCGCGCGCGACCCAUCGUUCUGCGAGCACCUUCUAUCGAUUUGAAAGCGGUUUGGCAGAGCUUGUUGCAAAGGCAAAUAUACCGCGCCCACACGAUGUCUGGAACACCACUCGGAUCGCCGCUGGACUCUCCAGAUCCUCAACUGACCUUCAGUCUAGCGACUCUCGACUCCCAACAACGUCAGGUAUCAGGAUCCAGCUUACAGCGACACUCGAGCCUAGCACUCUUACCCGCCAGCUCUUACCGGUCACACUUAAACAUGCUCGUAGAAGAACGUCCAGAAAAAGAAGUUAGGGUCAGCUUCGAUGUUAGAUCCAAUUCUACGUCACCUCAACCAAAACCAGUUAGAGGUCCCCUUAGCACAGUUUGGAAAACUGCCCCUACACCAGAAACUCCUUCCGCCAAUCUAUCUCCCGCAGAUUCUCAAACCUUUUCAUCUCACUUCGUAUCCUCCUCAAGUAUUGAGAGGAACGAACAACCAGCGUCACCCAGUGCUAAACUCACCUCAGAUGGUGGGGAGAAUUAUUCUGAAAUAUCUCCCUGCAGAUGGGAAUCUUUUGAAGCUGAUCUCGCUUUAGCUGAUUUAGAUGUCGACCCAUCGUAUAAACACGCUGUUGAAGAACGCAUUUUCCUACCCGACGAUCCACUUUUACCCCGCGUCCCCUUACCAGAAAGACCGACUCCACCAGCGUAUUUAGAACUU